AUGAUUCAUAUCACCUGUGUUGCACACGGGUUGCAUCGUAUUUCAGAGGAAGCUCCAUCAAGAAUAAAUGCUUUUCAAACUAUUGCUCCUGAAAUUUCUUUACCACCUCAACCAAUUAUUACACGUUGGGGUACAUGGUUGGACGCAGCGGCAUAUUAUUGUGAUCACUUUGAUACAUUUUUUAGAGUUAUGCAAACCUUUGAUAAAAAUGAUGCAAGUUCCGUUAAUAUUACAAAAUCGUUGAUGGAAGAUCCAACUAUAAAAAAUGAUUUAAUUUUCAUUAAAACACACUUCGGAUUUUUAGUGGAUAAAAUUACUAGCUUGGAAAAACAAGGCGUCCUAUUGACAGAUUCUAUUUUAAUAGUCGAAGAAGUUAAAGCUAAAAUUUUUCAAGUCCCAGGAAAUGUAGGAAAAUCUAUACAAACCAAACUUGAUAGCGUUUAUGAUAAAAAUCAUGGACUGAAGAAAUUGAAUACAAUUUCAAACAUUUUGGCAGGAAAAAAUCAUGUUACUAUUCAAGACUUGGAAGAAGAACUAACUACGUCAGACCUACCAUGUUUCAAAUAUGCUCCUGUCUCAUCUACCGAUGUAGAACGCAGUUUUUCAAAAUUCAAAAUGUUGCUAUCGGAUAACAGAAGAAAAUUUACUUUUGAUAAUUUAAAGAAAACAUUGAUCAUCCAGUGCAAUUCCCAAUUACUAGAUUAACAAAAAAUUCACCAACAGUUCUUUUUUAAGUUUUAAUUUUAAGAAUAAUUAUUUUAUACCUAUAUAUUUUUAAUUGUUAAUAAACAAAAUAAGUUGUAAAUAAAAAUUUU